UAGACGCAGUCACGCUCCCAUCUCUAUGCCAAGCUGCAUUUAAUUACGAACUAAUUGGUUUCAAAAAAAGAAAACAAAAUGAAUCUAGGCAACAAUCAUACUGAAGCAUAUCGCGUAGAAAUAGACGAUGAUAAUGAAUCCUUUCACUCCUUCACACAGAGCGAUGGCGAUUCCCCCGACUUGGGAUCUUUUACCGACAUAGAUGAUGACUCCAUAAGAGACGCACCUAAUUUGGAGUUCGAAAAUAUCGCUAUUAAGAAUCUGAAGCUAAGCUCGGAUUCUAAGCCAGCUGACUGCAGCUUAGAUGAAUCCGCGUCUUUUGUAAAUCCGAAUCAAUAUCAGACGCCCAAAUUGCUGCCGUUGCGGAAUCCCUUGCAAAAAUGUCAUCACUUGGUGCCUCCGUUAAAAAACAAUUGUCAGAUGCCGGAUAUGGAGCUCUUUAACAUGAAUCUAACGCCUGCAACCAAGAACGAUCCAAUCAAUAGCAGUGUUGGCACGGAAGCAUUGCAAAAGUAUGCCUUUACCGAAAUUUGGGUUGAAGAACAACAAAAUAUCCCGGGAAAAAGACGUUCACUGCACCGCGAAUUCACAGCCGCAUUGGAAGAUUAUUUUCAUGACAAAAAUACCGAUAGAUUUAAAAGUAUGACGGAAGAAGAGCAGCAAAAGGACCAGCUGAAGCUGAAGCCAAACCAAAGAAAUACCGCUCCAUCAGCUAACUUUCAAGCGACUUCCGAAAGCAUCCCGUACGUCUCCCCCUUUGAGGACAUGCCCGAAUUUCCUGAUGAGAAGAUCUUGCCUGGCCUUGCAUCGUAUAUCACUGUGCCAGCUGGUUACGAUUUGUCUAACCUGGUGGAGUACAAGGAUCCCAAUCAUUGGCAUCGGCGCUCCAGCACUUUAAACGAUUAUCAUCCAUAACUAUUACAUUUAAGUGCAAGCAGGAAAUUGCAUAUUAAAAAAUAAGACACAUUGAAGUGCACUUAAUAUUCAUUUAUUUCGGAUUCUUAAGAUAAUGCAACACGUUAUAGUUUUUGCCACGAAAUGUGUAUUAUAUUCAAAGAGACAUCAACAAAGCCAAUAAAAAUAUCUUCUGUAAUA